CAUUACAGUGUCCCGGGACCAAAUUACAUUUGGCACAUGGACUCCUACGAUAAACUCACACCGUUUGGCAUUGGAAUAAAUGGCUGCAUUGAUGGCUUCUCACGACAUGUCAUAUGGAUGCAAGCAAACUUUACAAACAGCAAACCGGAGGUUGUUGCAGCUUAUUUUAUUAAUGCUGUUAGUGAGUGUGGGGGUUGUCCGAAAAUAAUCAGAUCUGAUCUUGGUACUGAGAAUGUACAUGUCAAUAGAUUACAGUAUUUUCUGCGUGAGGAUGAAAAUGGCACAGUGCAUGGGCCUUGUGUUCUCCAAGGAAGAAGUACUGCAAAUCAAAGGAUUGAAAACUGGUGGGGACACUAUCGGAGACAGAAUGCAGAUUACUGGAGAAACUUGUUCCAGGAGUUCCAGUCAGUGGGCGACUUCAAUGGGGAUAUGGUUGACAAGGGCCUCAUUCAGUUCUGUUUUCUAGAUGUCAUUCAGAAGGAAUUGGACACUGUGGUGACGAUGUGGAACACCCACCGGAUCCGACCAGGUUCUACUGGACAUGACUUGUUUCAUGGGAAACCUUUUCUCAUGUAUCAUGUGCCAGAACUCUACCAGGCAGAGGACUACCUCCAUCCAGUGGACUUUGAAAGACUGGACAUCAUAUUAGAAGAAGAGGUCUGCCUUUGGAAAACUGAGAUUGUCUGUGAUCCAGAUCUGUACGAGCUCAUUGUUUUAGUGAUGGCAGAGCAUAAUCUUCGGACUGGCCAUGAUGCUGUUGAGGCAACCAGACUGUACAGACAGCUGAGGCCCUUGAUAAGAGUACAUCUGUCAGAGCCAGAAUAGUUCUGAAUUUGCUAACGCCCCAGUUCCCAAUGUUUUUCAUGUAUUUGCUUUCUGAUUGUUUCUUAUCAGGAUGUUAGUUUUGCACAAAACAUCAAUGGACACAUCAGUAAGCUAAAAUUGCCACCAUGGGGUUGCAUACCUCCAUGAACCUCCAAUCAAACAUUUGUUUAAAAGUUAGCGAUCAUCAGUUGAUAAUUUUUUUAGUGACAGACAAAAAUGUGUUUUGUGAGGUAACAGUGACCUUGACCUUUGACCACCGAAAUGAAAUCAGUCCAUCCUUAAGUCGAAGUGAGCCUCAAGGAGUUCUUGAGAUUGCCAGGGGGAAGACAUAAUGAACACAUGUUGAUUUUGAAUAUCUGGAUUGUUUGCAUUUUCUUAUUUAAGAAAAUAUUUGUGCUUUUUUUUCAGUAAAGAUUCAAAUGUACCUGACAGACCUGCAUUUACUUUAAGACAUUGUACAUGACUUAACACUAUUAUGCUCAGGUGCAAAUUGCAUUAUU